AUGUCUCCACUCUCUUCAUUCAAGUCAUCCCUCACUCAAAAUGAAAUCAUUUUCCUCAAUACCUUACUGAAAUUGUUCUUGUCCAAUAUGGAGGCACGUUCACUCGAUGUCAGUAUUCCGUUCGUGAUCAAUUCGACUCCUUUGAAUCCAUAUGGAACAAAUUUACAAUCUCAGACGUAUAUUUGUGGAACGCCUGCUGUUUUUCGAGAUCGAAUGAAAUUACUAUAUUUGGAACAAUUAAGUGGCUAUGUACGAGAGGGAUCUCAAUUGAAUGGAGGGCAUGCAGUGUCCAUGAAUUCGUUUGGAACGCCCAUUGGAUUUUGGUCUUCCUCAAUGAAAUGUUAUGUGGAUAUUUCACAACCAUCUUCUUCUGCAAAAUGUUUGUAUCCAUUGGGAACUUAUUUCACACAUUGUGGAAGUAAUGAUUUGCUACCUCUCCUUCCCAUUCGUCCCAUGUUCUUUUAUUUGAAUCAAAUUGAGAGUAUUCGAACCGAUGCCUUUCUUCUCGUAUUACAACAAAAGAAGAUGUUAAGAUUGGCCAUUGAGUUGGAGAAUAUUGUUCUUUCGUAUGCUACUGUAUAUUCAAAGGAAGUAUUGAGCUCGAAAUUGAGUUUAUCCAUGAUGGAAAUGAGAUCGUUACAAGUGUUUUUCAAUGAAAUUGUGAGACGUCUCAGAGAGAAUGUUUUGUACUACUUGCCUCAAUUUGAAUUGUUUUAUGAUUUGGAUAAGAGUAAGAGUAGUACUUUUCAAGUGAUGAAUACUGCCAUUCAAUAUGGUGUUGACAAGGCAAUUCAAACCUUUCAAUCCAAUUCGUAUGAAAAUAGAAGAAACAAUGAUACGAACAUGAGUGAAAGAUCAAGUCAAUCUGCACCUUCUUCUUGGACUCAUCUUUAUGAAAUCAUUCAAUUCUCAUUGUUACAAGAAUCUGGUGUGUCUCGAGAUACAGAUAUGGAACUUGCCAUGUCCUUUUCAUCAAUGGCGCAAUUUAUUGAUUCUCAGACUCGAAUCAUUGACGAAUUAUUCAAACUCAUUAAUGACACUCUUUCAUUGGAUAGAGUCAUUGAUCUAUCCUUGUACACAACGUCACCAGUAUAUGAUUUUAUUGACUCUCAUUCAACCUUAUUGUCAUUAUUCGAGAGUGAUUCAUUUUCUUACUUGAGGCCAUGGAUUGGUAUGGAGAAAAACUUUGCACAGGAAGUACUUUCCAAAACUCCAAGUAUUUCGAUUGAUUUUUCAAAUCAAGUCUUCUCUGUGCAACCAUGGACCAAUUACAUGUCCAAGAUUUGGUUCAAGACUUUAAAUUCACAAACAACAAGUGGAUAUUUCAUGGGAGAUGUUUCCAAUUCGAAAAUUCUUGUCACAGAUCCUGUCAAGCAAGCAAGAGUGUUAGAUUUGGUCGCACUUGCUGGAAAUUCCCUCUGGAUGAAUGAUGCCUCGCUUGAGGCCGAUUACCAACCAUUCCUUAAGAAAAUUCCAAUCAUAACGACCACGUCUAGCACCACCAAUUCUGUGGUCACUUCCGUUCAGUCUCGUAGUACUAACACAAAACGUCGUCUUCUUACAAACUCUCUGACAAGAACAGAACGAGAAUUAUUCAAAGAUUUAUUCAAGAAGAGGACCAUUCUAAACGAAGAAUUCACUUCACCGACUCGUCGAUCUCUUCUUGCUCUCAACAGUCUUCCAACUUAUAACUGUGAAAAAGGUCAUUACGGUCCUCAAUGUAAACUCUGCUAUCCAGGAACCUACUCUCCAGGAGAUGGUCUCUUGUAUGUGUGUAGUAAUGGUCCAGACGGUCAAGUGGAAUACACGGAAAGCGGAAGUACCAAUGAAAAUUGUGCCUUUCGAUGUAAAGAUACUAAAAAGUAUCGAUCAGGAAAUCAAUGUGUGAAAAUUCCAGUAGGAUUCUAUUCGGCAGAUUCUGGAGCGACCAUACUUUCUGAAUGUUCCAUGAAUGGAAAUUCUUUUGGUAUUUCUGAUUUGAAAUUGCAACAAGAAUUACUCAAAAUUGCAACCAGUGGACAACAUGCUUAUCCAUCUUCUUGUAAAACGGCUCUUCGUGAUUUAUUUUCCAUUACUUGGAAUGAAACAUCUAGCACGAAUACAAGCAUUUCCUUACGACACUCGUUUACACUCUCCAUGGAUUUGAAAUUAACUUCCAAAGAUGUUUGGAAUUUCAAAUUGAAAGAUUAUCAAGUGGCAUAUGGAAUUGUCACUAUACCUGACGAAUGGACUUGGCAGCUUAUUUUCGAUUCACCCAAUUCCAUAUACAUGCAAGUGAAAAAAUUGAAUCCACUCCAGAAUGAACCUCGUUUACUUUCACUUUCAUUUCCCUACGAUACGGAAUGGCAUCAUUUCAUGUUACAAUACGACGAAGGAAAACAUGUCUUGUCCUUGUAUAGAGAUCGAGCUUAUAUUGGAUCAUGCAUGUUUGCAAUUUCACAACAACAACAACAACAGGAACCACAUGCUCCUCGAUUGGUCGUUGGAGGUUUCUUUCAUUUCAAUGCUUCUCAUGUUCCUUCCUUAUAUUCCUAUUUACCAGCUUCUGGAAUUUCCAAUUUGAAAAUUUAUCAAGGUGCCAUCCUGGAAGAUUAUAUUCUCUCAACCACUAUGCAAGAGUUGUUGACUUUGAGUUCUCAAUCGGCCUUAUUCAAUUCGUGGUGUGAAUCCACUCCUGGUCAUGCUCUCUUUGGAGGUAAAUGUAUUCGAGUUUCAUGUGAAAAUGAUGAAAUGAUCUAUGACUCGAGUUCACAAACAUGUAUUUGUUCGUAUGGAUAUUUCUGGUCAUCGAAUCCUAAUGAUACAAUUGGCUCUUCCUGCACGGCAUGUCCAUUCAUGACCACGACUGGAAGUUUUCUUCCAAGAAACUCCAUGAAGGAUUGUCAAUGCAUGCAUGAUUACAUUUAUAGUGAAUAUUAUCAAGAAUGUGUGUUCGCUCAAUCCUCUCUCUUACCUCCCAUUCCAAUUUUCAAUUUUGAUCCAUCGUAUGGACCCUAUAAAGAAUUAGAGGAGAGUAUUCUUUCACAGAGAUUUUACCCAAUUGGAGAAAUGACACUCACAUUGGAAUUGAAUGAAGAGGAUAAUCUCGAAGUGAUCGAUCCACCACAAAAUCCUUCCCUAAAUAUUCCACAAAAAUCGUAUCAUGUUAAAUUAUUAGCGAAUGGAACACAACUGUUAUGGAGUUUACAAUUAUCGAAACAAGAAUUACUUUCCUUCUCAUAUACAUGCAAUCAAACAGGAGAUUUUGAUUUACUAGUUUCCACAGAGCGUGACGGUCAUCGACCAGGAAUUCUCUCCAAAACUUCCUUUCACAUUCGAGAACGAGAUUUAAAACCCUUAAUCAUGCCAAAACCCACCGAUGGAGUGUUUGAUUCUCCUUUUCAAGUAAGAUUACAACAACCGUAUCGAAACAAACCAAGUGUCAUGAUUCUAUGUUAUGGACGUGAAGAAUUUAACAUGACAUGUCUCGAAUAUGACGAAAAACAAUUAUACUUAUUUGGACCUCCAGUGUAUUUGAAAGUCUUUUCGUAUGGACCUUUUUUCACACGACUUCCUGGUCCAGUUCUUUCAUUCUUUUACAAGAGAACCAUUACAGAAGCUCAACAACGAUACAUGGAUCAUCAACAACAAUGGAAGGACUAUCUCAUUAAGAAACAACAAACCAUGAAAGAAUUGGAAGAAAAAAAGAAAGCUUCUCCCAUUUAUCAAAUGGUUAAUCCUUUCAUGGAAUGGAUUCAAAUAUAUCCUAAUUAUUUAUGGUUUCCAUUUGUUGUGGCCUUUGCUUUGAUAGUGUAUUUGAUAUUCUUACUAGUGUUGAGAUUUUGUGUAGCGAGAUAUGUUCAAAAGAAACGAAAACAAAAAAUCAAACUCUAUUUGAAAGAGAAGAAGGAAAUGAGAGAAAAAUUAAAGAAAUUUCUACCUCCCAAAUUUAGAGAAGAAUCAAUGACAGAAGAAGAAGAAUUAGAUCAGGAUUCUGACCAUCGAAUGAUUGAAGAACGCAUUGAUGAAAGAAUAAUAGGUCAACAAAAAUCGUUGCAUGACUGCUCAAGAAAAACACCAAAAGAAAUGAAACGCACAAAUCAUGAUCUUUCAGAUUCUGAGGACGAACAGGAUGAAGAGGACGACCAUUCUCUCGAAUUCAAAAAGUUUAUUCCAAAGAAUAGUAUUAAUAAUUGUGAAAAUAUUGAACGUCAUGACAAUUCGAAUAGAAAUCAUGAGGAAAGAAUGCCAUCCACACAACUACCACAACCAAUAUUGAAAUCACGUCCCUUACCAAAUCCAAGAAGUUAUCAUAGUCCUUCCACUCGUUUUCAACCAUCUUCACUUUCUCAUAUUCAAAUUAAUAUUCAAGAUAUUGGAGCGAGUUCACAACGCAUGUCCACAGUGUCACUGGCAUCUUCUUCUUCUUCAAAUAAGAGAAAAAAGGCAUUACCCAAUCCCUUGUCUUCUUCAGCUUUUGGUUCAUCAUCAGCAGCUGCUCCAAAAGGUACACCACAGGUGGGUCAGCAUUCUGUAAAUUCAUUGAAUAAUGCUCCUCAGAAUGAUGUUGACACUUUUGACAUUUCCAAACAUCAAAAUUCCAAUCAUACUUCUCAAACUCAACAACAUCCCUCAAAACAUGUCAACAACAACCCUGGGUCACGAUCAAGAACUGAAUUACCCAAACGACCCAAAUACUUGGUCUGUGGAAAAUGUGGAGCAAUGGCUCGAGUUUGGUGUCACUCGUGUGAACAUUAUCUCUGUAUUGAUUGUGAUCAAAAGGAUGAAACCUCACAUUCCGAACGUUCCAAAUCCAAAGUCAUGAUUUGUGAUCAUUGCAUGCAACCAAGAUCCGAGUUGAAAGAACAUUUCCUUAAAGUAUCAAAUUUCAAACUUUAUGGAUGUAAAAAAUGUAUGGAAGAAUUGUAUAAGGAAAGAAAAGUGAAUCGAGUAGGAUCGAUUGUGAAGAGAUGUACCAAGUGUAUGGAUGAAGAAAUUUCUAAAACGAAUCCACAAUUGAAAUUGUGUGAUAAUUGUAUUUAUUUUUCACACGCACGCACACACCAAUCGAUCAAAUAA